CAGAACUCCACUACCCAGAAUCCUCUGCGCCCCACCCACAAAAAAGCCGGUUAAGCUGACGACGUGGCCUCGCUGCAGCAGACCGGGGCGAUUCAAACCGGCUCCGUCCACCUGUAGUCCAGAGAGGCCUCCACUCAGACACCUGACCGUCCGACACCAUGACCGGGAAAACCAAGAGCCGCAGCGCUGCCAACGCGGAGUCCGUGACCGGCGGCGUCUCCUGCGACGAGCGCAUCCUGCGGGACUGUCACCGCCUGUACACGGACCCGGACAGCGGGUUGGUCUCAGUUGCUGAAUCUGUGGAUGUGAAGCUGCUGGCGCCCAGAAAAAAGAUCACUGUGAUGCUGAUGGGGAACCACUCUGCUGGGAAAAGCUCCUUCAUCAACUGGUACGUCGAAGAGCACAUCCAGCGCACUGGAGUGGCUAUUGAGACUCAAGGCUUCAACUUUGUUACAAGUGGGCGCAAGAGAGAAUCUCUCACCGGAAAUGCCACCCUUCAUCUAUAUCCACAUUUCAAGCCUCUGCAGGAGUUCAAAGGUGUUUCUGAGUACUUGAGCACAGAGAUCUGCACGUCACGACAGAAACGGUUCAGUCUGGUGACAUUCGUGGAUUCACCGGGGCUGGUGGACGGGGAUAUGAAGUAUCCCUUUGACGUGGAUGAGGUUAUCAUGUGGCUGGGUGAUCUCUGUGACCUGGUGCUGGUCUUCUUUGACCCCAUGGGUCAGGCUCUGUGCAAGCGCUCCCUCAACAUCGUGGAGCGUAUGAACGAGAAACACGGAGAUCGGCUGAGAUUCUACCUGAGCAAGGCGGACGAGGCCGGGGGAGAGUCCGACAGACAGAGAGUAAUGAUGCAGAUUGUUCAGGAGCUCUGCAAGCGACCGGGACUCAACAAAUGUGGUUUUGACAUGCCCACCAUCUACAUUCCUAAUCCAAAUAAGCCAAGCCGCUGUGUAAACCAGAUCGAGGAGGUUUGUCGCACCAUCGAGAAAACCAUCAACCAAACGGUCCAGAACACACUCAACUCCCUGGAGAAGGACUGUGAGGUCAUCAGCGAGGCCAUCACUGACAAGCUCAGUGACGACCGGCAGACCAGCGCGAUGAACCGACGGGCGCGCUGUAAGAGCUGCCUGCUGACUCUGCUGGGCUUCACCGUCCCUCUGGCUCUGAUGGCUCUACUGGUUCUGGGCAUUCUGUCCCAGGAGCUGCUGGAGGUGGCUCUGGGCCGCGAGGGCACAGAGACGCUGUCACUCUACCUGAGUCCCGUAGUCAAAGUGUUGGAGUCCCUCUCUGUGGAGCAGCAGCUCUACGGCUGUGGAGGAAUGGUCCUGCUCUCCUUCCUCCUGCUCAUCAUCGCACGCUUCUCAUUCAGGACUCGACCGACUCUUUCAGGCAAACAGAAAAGGCAACUGCAGGAGAAGCUGGAGUACGUUCAGGAGGUGGUGAAGACGAAGAAGAAAAAUCUGUAUGAAGAAUACCUUCGCCAGAGUGUCAGCGAUCAUGACAUGGAUUUGUAGAGAUGAAGACGACGACUCAGCAUCCCCAACACCGACGCUGGACCAAAUGAAAUGAAAGCUCUGCCAAGGUUUCACACCAGCCGUCGUGUCACUCUGACCCCUCGAUGCUGUAUCCUGUCGUGCGGAUGUAAAUUAUAAGCACAUGGUAAACUCGUAGAAACCCCAUCCAACAUCUGGUGCUCUGGAUACUGUAACGCCCGUUUUUAGACGAUGUGAACACUCUAAACUCACACUACCUGCAGAUUAAUAGUUUGUUACUUGUUACUGAUAACUUAUUUGUUGUGAGCAUUUAUAUACAUGUACUUUGUGCCUCUGCUCCAGUCAAAAUAAUUCAGACUUGUACCACUAUAAGAUAUUUAAACAUUUGCAAACUAUUUAUAAUAUUCCUUUAUCAGAUAAAUUGUAUUUUGGUUUAAAAGGCCGUAGGGCACUGGUUUACACGAGACGCUUUGUAUGAGUUUUUGAAGACUUUCACCAGCAUUUUAUACAGAACUUCAACCGCCUGGUAUCAUGGUACUAAUCCAGUUCACAUCAUGAACGUCUAUGUUUUCUAAUAUGUGGAAUAUUCCAUUAUACACUCAAAAUUUUUGUAUUUUCCUCUUCUACAUUGUGACCAUGUUUUAAUUACAGAUGACUUGAAUAAAAAAGUGUUUAAUA